UAGUUUGGAUGCUCCGUGAAGCAAACGUCAAGAAUUUAUCCGCUGCAAAAUGCGAUCGGGAAGUAGUAGCGGUGGCACUUCGCCAAAGCGAAGAACGCAUCAUCAUCACGUAAGCAACGGAGAACAUCACCAGCAAUGCUACGGAUCGAAGCAGCAGUCGACGGCAGGCGGCAACCAUCCAUCAUCGAACACCGAGAGCACGGCCGAGUUGCCGCCCUCGAGUGGUUCUUUUUUUCACAUAUCAAUCGUCAAACUUGCCCUCGUCAGUCGUCUGCUGGUGAUAGUGCUGCAGAUUGUCGCCAACCAGUUGCUCCCGGAUCAUGACGCGGGUGUCUUCGUGGCCCCACGGGACACCGAGCAACCGGAACGUCCCUUAGACAAACUGGUGCGGUUCGCGUUCGGUGGACUCGAACGCUGGGAUGCUCAAUACUUUCUACACAUUGCCGAACACGGCUACACGUACGAAAACACGCUCGCCUUCUUUCCGCUGUUUCCCUUUAUCCUGAAGAUAAUUGGUAGUGCACUGAGCAGUACCGAUCUUGCCACGUUGAUCGGAUUCCGGGAGCUGUCGCUACUACUGGCGGUGCUACUGAACAUGGUUUGCUUCACCGGUGCCGCCUGUGCAAUGUACAAACUCAGCAAGCUGGUUUUGGGCAGCAAGAAAAAAGCGGAAGUGGCCGUGCUACUGUUUUGCUUCAAUCCGGCAUCGAUCUUCUUCACGGCACCAUACUCCGAAAGUCUGUACGCUUGUCUUUCCUUCAUCGUGAUGUAUCAGUGUGUGGAGGACGUAAACCUAAUCUUCAUCGCGAUGCCACUCAGCCUAUCGCUCCUGUGUCGCUCGAACGGCAUGAUGAACAUCGGAUUCGUGCUUUAUUUUGUCGCACGCCGUAUCGUGGCCCACUACAACUUCCACAACGUCAUCUGUAUCUGUUCGCGGCUUUUCAGUGUGCUAAUGAUUGUCCUCUUUCACUACGGCAUUGCCCAGGUCUACAAUUACUAUCUGUUUUGCUUCGAGCAAAAGUUUAAUUUCCCACCACACGUGCGAACGUACGCCACCGACCAUGGGCUGGUACUUGCCGGCAAUAAAACGAACGAUUCGUCACCUUGGUGCACCAGCGCAGUGCCACUGUCAUACUCGUACGUACAGAGCCACUACUGGAACGUGGGUCUGUUGCGUUACUACGAGCUGAAGCAAUUGCCAAACUUUCUGCUAGCGCUUCCGGCCAUCUACCUGACGCUCAGCAACUCGUAUCGGUACCUACACGAGCACUGGGAUUACGCCGCUCGGUUGGGGUUAUUCCGGUUACCGAAGCGGCACCAGAAAAUUAUGCGUCCUUACGAUCGAUUGGCACUGGUUUUCGUUAUCCACGCCGUGGCUUUGACCGUCGUUUCAUUGCUCUUCGUACACGUACAAGUCACCACCCGACUGCUGUGCUCGUCCAGUCCUAUCCUGUACUGGUACGCAGCCGAAUAUUUUACCGGCGAACGAGCCUUCAUCAAGCGGCAAGUGAUACGGAAACUCUCCAAGCAGCACGCCAUACUGCUGUACUUUGUCGGUUAUACCGUGAUCGGAACGGUGCUGUUCAGCAACUUCUAUCCUUGGACCUAGUCGAUCGGUUCGCACUUUCAAAUGGCCAGUGUCGCAACACUGAAUUUUCCGUUUGCUACUAUGCUGUGAACGUUACCGAAGCGCACCGAGCAAUACAAUUCGCUCUCAAUACACUCUUGCAUCUUGUGCCUUUCGCUCUACAAAACUAUUAUGCCAAAACCAACACGGAGGCAAAGUCUUCGGGAAAAUCUAAAUUCCAAAAAUUGAAAUUUAAAAAGGCCAAAUGUAUUCAUUACUUAAAAGCUGCGUUUGCAUAGUGUUUGGAGUGAAUUUAGUUUAAACGGUUCGCCGUAAAUGAAAUGAAGUAAACACUAUUCAGAGUUUGAUUAAGAGACUGUUUUUCAAACAAUAAGUAGAAUUAGUUGAAAAACAACAAAUUUCCCUCCUACAUCAAGCAUCUCGGUUAGGUAUUAUCGGUUGUUAAGCGAAACCAGCAGACGCUUGUAGUUAGAAAUCUAAAUUGUGUUAUCGAAAGCCUUGCAUUACCACCGAGAAGUGAAGAAUGGACAAAAACCAAUAGAUACUCUAGUCAUAACUCUACUCGCAAUAAAAAUCACCAAAGCCCUGAGGAACCAAUUCAAACACAAAAACAAACAAAAAAUGCCCAAAUAUGUUAACGUAGCCCAUAUUCUCAUCAAGAAUAGGGACAGAAAACUUCAGUCAAUAUUGAGAAGAGCUAUAUAGAAAUAAAAGAUAUAUAAAAACAAACAAAUACACAUAAAAUGACAGCAUGAUUUACAAUUACUAACCUUUAACUUUACAAUGCUAAGAAAAAACGAGCUGAACUUAUUUUAUUGUAGUCUCUAGUGAAAUCGACGAACCAGCGGAGUGAAAUAACAAGAUAUAGAAGAGAACCACACACAAAAACCGAAUCUUACGACUUACAACGUUGAUGCUAUUCUAUAUUAGGGGCAUUAUUGGUGCAUUCGAUUAAGCAAAAUAUACAUAUUAUACAUAUAUUACAUAUACACUUUGAACAAAAAACCCAACAAAAAGUAAAACAAUCAAAUAGAAUCCCCGGUUUCCAGCACACACGAAACCGGGCAAUCAAUCGAACUUAUCAUACGAAAGCAAAUUACAAAGAAUUUUAAAUAGAUCACUAAACUUUCUUAUUAAAUUCGCAUCACAAUCUUGUCGUAGUUUAUACAAAUUGACCUCUUAUGGAAAGACCAUACUGACGAAAGAAGAAGAAAAGAUCAGCAUCAUUGUGCGUGCUAAAUUCGAACGACUUCCAAACGAGUUAGUGACUAGUUAGAACAAACCCUGAUCGAAGCUCAUUUAUCAAAUUUAACGCGAAAGCAUCUUAAUUAAAUCAUACAUCAACUAAAUGGAACGGUUAAUCAAAACUAAAUCUAAAUCUUCUUUCAAAUAAUAAUCAAAAUAAACUAAAGCAAACUACUCAAAAGCUAGCCAUAAGAUGCACAAAUCGGACGAGGUUUACUCGUUGCAUAACUUUUCGCUGUUAAAACGGUUCAUGUGAACCAUCUAUUGCCACUGAUUACGAUAUCGUUAUUAGAAUAAUUACUAGACGGUCGGUAGAUUCAGAGUGCUGUUCCUCAUCCCGAAGGACCAAAAACUGCAAACGGAUUUCUUCUAAGUCGGGAAACGAUGGACAAAACGCGUUCUUCUCGGGGAUUUUUACUGUUCCCUUCGGGCCUCUCAACUCAACUGUUUAUCAUGCUUUUGAAAUUCUAGUAACUAAGUUCAAUCACUUGUUGAGAACUCUUUUACACUCUCCGUCUCUAGUCUCUAGGUCAGCCGGUCAGCUGGUGU